AUGACUGCAAUGUUCAUUCAUCAUUCAUCGUCGCCUGCAACAUUUCUCUUCAUCACCAUUGCAUUGUUUCAAGUGACAAAAUGUUCGCACAUUGAAAUACGUAAAGCGGAAAGUUUGGAAUUUAACAAGCAGAAGAAUUAUGGAAGAAAUUUGGGUUAUUUAACAGCAGUGGCUGUCGGGAUUAAGACGUAA